GAGGAGGAGGAGGAGGAUGAUGAUGAUGAGGUUGAUUCUGAUGUUUCGGAACAUGGCGAUGAUAAUGAUGAUGAAAAUGAUGAUGAUAACGAUGAUGAUAAUGAAUAUGAUGUGUCGGCUGAUGAUGAUGUUGAUGAUGAAGAUGAUCAUGUGGAUGAUGAUGAUGAUGACGAUGAUGAUGAAUCGUAUGAUGUUGAUGAUGAUGAUGCUCCGGUUGAUGAGGAUGAUGAAGAUGAUGUUGAUGUUGAGGAUGAUGAUGAAGAUUCCGAUGAUGAUGAUGAGGAUGAUGAUGAUGAUUCGGGGGAUAAUCACGAUUCGGAUUAUCAAGAUGAUCAUGAUGAUGACGCUGACAUUAUUGGGGGUGAUGAUGAAGAUUAUGAUGAAGAUGAUGACGAUGAUGUUUCGGUUGAUGAUGAUUACGACGAUCAUUCGAAUGCAUAUGAUGAUGAUGAUGAUCAUGAUUCGGAUGAUGAUGAUGAUGUUGAUGUUGAUGAUGAUGAUGAUGAUGAUGAUGAUGAUGAAGAUGAUGAUUAUGAUAAUGAUUAUGAUGAUGAUGAUGAUGACGAUUAUGACUAUGAUCCUGAUAACAAUGAUGAUGAUGAUGAUGAUGAUGAAGAUGAGUAUGUGGAUGUUCCGGGUGGUGAUGAUGUGGCUGAUUAUGAUGAUAAUGAUAAGGAUGAUGACGAUGAUGAUCAUUCGGAUGAUGAUGAUGAAGGAAAUGAUCAUGUUGAUGAUGACGAUGAUGAUGGUGUUGACU